UGGUGGAAAGCAUUAAUUGUUCUCUGUUGUUUGGCGAUAGCGAUAGAAAGUCAAGUACCUAACAAAGAUGAUGUCCAGACAACAAAUAAAAAAGGUCAAAACCCGAAAAGAAACUCCAACAGGCUGACUAAUUUGCUCCCGCAAGCUAUGAUGCUCCCUCCGGCUAACGAAGAUGCUCCUCCAACUUACGAGCUUAAAUAUGUGGUUGGAGACCACCAGUUUGGUGAAAUAUUGGCGUUUGAGCGAAAGUCCGGAGUUUUGUGGUAUGGAGAUAAAUAUAGUCCAGAAAUUGUUCAAAAAUAUCCUACAUCAGGGGAAGGUCUUAAGAUCACAGCUGUGGAAAUUAUUGCAACACAAACCACAAACGUUGGUACACUUGUAGUUACGCGUGGAGGUCCUGGCUUUAGGAAUGUAGAGUUUACUUUACGUGCCUUCAAUACUUACUUCUGGACGUACAACAUUAAAGUCUUUGGGAAAAUAUUUUAAAAGAGACUGCAAAUUCAGCUUAAAUAAUUAUUUUAAUUAUAAUUUGCUGUGUCAAUAUCAUUUAUAAAAGUAUUUCCAUCUAAUUUGAA